AUGAUUUUCAACAGAACGUACUUUGGCAAAGGGAGGGAGGAUGGAGGGCCUGGUGUUGAAGAAGAAGAACAUGUCUCUGCGCUUCUUACUUUGCUUACUUAUGCCUAUGCAUUCUGCGUAUCUGAUUAUCUUCCUUGGCUUAGAGUUUUUGACAUCGAUGGGCACGAGAAAAAGGUAAGGAAGGCUAUGAACAUUGUCAAGAAGCAUCAAGAGCCUAUUGUGAAUGAGAGGUUACAAGAAUGGAGAGAUGGCAAGAGGAAUGAGCCUGAUGACCUGCUUGAUGUUUUCAUCUCACUCAAAGAUGCAAAUGGACAACCCUUAUUAUCAGAUGAAGAGAUCAAAGCGCAAACCACGGAGCUGCAGCUCUCAACAGUGGACAGUCCAUUCAAUGUAGCAGAGUGGGCUCUAACAGAAAUGCUCAACCAACCUGAGAUGCUAAAAAAGGCAGAAGAGGAACUAGAUAGGGUAGUGGGGAAAAAGACUCUUGUUCAAGAAUCCCAUGUCCCUCACCUCCCUUACAUAAGGGCAUGUGCAAAAGAAGUUAUGAGGUUGCAUCCAGUUGGACCAUUCAACCUCCCCCACGUGUCCAUCGCAGAUGCUGAAGUGGCAGGCUACUUCAUCCCAAAGGGCAGCAAUGUCAUCUUAAGCCGCUUAGAGCUCGGGCGCAACCCUAGAGUGUGGGAAGAGCCAUUGAGAUUCAACCCAGAACGCCAUCUGAAUAGAGCUGUUGACCAACAAGUUGACCUGGAAGAGAAUGACCUGAGGUUCGUUUCCUUCUCUACUGGAAGGAGAGGCUGCAUGGGCGUUGGGCUCGGCUCCACCAUAGUUGUGAUGCUCCUUGCAAGGCUCCUUCAAGGGUUUUCAUGGAGCUUGCCGCCAGAUGCGGACAAGAUUGACUUCACUGAGGAUCAGAUUUACUUGAAGAAGGCUAGUCCUUUGCUUGCACAAGCCAAACCUCGCUUGCCUGCCUCUGUGUACCCAAUAUAA